AUGGCUUUGGGCAGCAAUGCUAUGAGGGUGAUCUUCCUCCUUGCGAUGGUGGUCUGUGCCGCGCAUGCGGGGAAGCCAGCCCCAAAGGAGAAGGAGAAGGGGAAGGACGAGAAGUCAGGCGGUGCCGCCGCCGAGGCGCCCUCAGGCUCCGCGGGGGGCAGCGGGUCUUCAGACAUAUCCAAGCUCGGAGCCAAGGGCGACGGCAAGACGGACAGCACCAAAGCGCUGAAUGAUGCGUGGGCGGCGGCGUGCGGCAAGGAAGGGGCGCAGACGCUCAUGAUCCCCAAGGGCGACUACCUGGCAGGGCCCCUCAACUUCACCGGGCCGUGCAAGGGCUCCGUCACCAUCCAGCUCGACGGCAACCUUCUCGGCACCACGGACCUGAGCCAGUACAAGGGCAACUGGAUCGAGAUCGAGCACGUCGACAACCUCGUCAUCACCGGCAAAGGCACCCUCGAUGGCCAGGGCAAACAAGUGUGGGACAACAACAAAUGUGCCCAGAAAUACGACUGCAAGAUCCUGCCCAACUCGUUGGUGCUGGACUACGUGAACAACGGCACCGUCUCCGGCAUCACCCUGCUGAACGCCAAGUUCUUCCACAUGAAUAUAUUCCAGUGCAAAGACAUGACGAUCAAGGACGUGACCGUCACCGCUCCCGGGGACAGCCCCAACACCGACGGCAUCCACAUUGGUGACUCCUCCAAGGUCACCAUCACCGGCACCACCAUCGGCGUGGGUGACGACUGCAUCUCCAUCGGCCCUGGCAGCACCGGGAUCAACGUCACCGGCGUCACCUGCGGCCCCGGCCACGGCAUCAGCGUCGGCAGCCUGGGCAGGUACAAGGACGAGAAGGACGUGACGGACAUCAACGUCAAGGACUGCACGCUCAAGAAGACCAGCAACGGCGUCCGGAUCAAGUCCUACGAGGACGCCGCGUGUGUGGUCACCGCCUCCAAGCUCCACUACGAGAACAUAGCGAUGGAGGACGUGGCCAACCCCAUCAUCAUCGACAUGAAGUACUGCCCCAACAAGAUCUGCUCGGCCAAGGGCGACUCCAAGGUCACCGUCAAGGACGUCACCUUCAAGAACAUCACCGGCACCUCAUCCACCCCGGAGGCCGUCAGCCUGCUCUGCUCCGACAAGAUCCCCUGCAGCGGCGUCACCAUGGAUAACAUCAAGGUCGAGUACAAGGGCACCAACAACAAGACUAUGGCGGUCUGCAACAACGCCAAGGGAAGCGCCACCGGUUGCCUCAAGGAACUGGCAUGCCUCUGA